AUGUUUCUAUUAUAUCUACUAUUUUUCUUUGUAGGUAAUUAUAAAAAAGGGGAACGUGUAGCUGGUUGUGUUCAUGGUGGUCUCGAUCGUGAAUUUGGUAUCCGUGGAGCUUUUUCCGAAUAUGUUGUGCAAGAAGCAUCACUUGUUUUUCGUUAUCCUUCGACAAUGUCACCUGAAACCGUUGUUACACUUCCACUUGCCAGUAUCACAGCAGCUCUCGGUAUAUUUCACGAAAUGGGUCUACCUUUACCACCUGCAAAAAUCGAAGCCAAUUUUCUCGUUUGGUCAGGCAGCACAAGUGUCGGACAGUGUGCUAUUCAAUUAGCUAAAUCAAUUGGUUGCUUCGUUAUCACUACAGCAUCAUCCGCUCGUCAUGAUUAUUUGAAAGGACUUGGUGCUGAUGUUUGUUUUGACUACAAAGAUCCAUAUGUUGUGUCGAAAAUAAAACAAGCAGCGAAAGGUCAUUUGGCUUACGCUUUUGAUUGUAUAUCAGAAAUGGAAGCAACUAGACAAGUCUGUGCUGCACUCACUGACAGUAGUUCGCAAUUAUGCACCGUUCUACCUUUUAUAACAAGUGAAAUACCACCUCAUGUCAAAGAACACAGAGUUUUAAUGUAUACGAUAUUUGGAAACGAAAGAAAUCUCUUUGGUCAACUUUAUAAGGCCAAACCAGAAGAUAAAGAAUUUGCUGAAAAAUUUUAUAAAUUAGUUUCAAAUUUUCUGUUACCUGAAGGACUUCUGAAACCGAAUAGAGUGACGAAGAUAUCAGGCGGAUUGAAUGGAGUCGAACAAGGAUUUAAACGAAUGAUGGAAAAUAAGGUGGUAGCCGAAAAAUUGGUCUAUACACUAGCUGAAACUACUGGCUGGAAUAACUAUCAUUGGAUUUGCUGCCGUAAAAUAUGUUCAUAA